GAGCCCCCCCCCACGCGGAGGGCCGAGGGGCCCGCCGCCGACGACGACGCGGCCCGGGCGCACGCCGCGGAGCCCGCCGCCGGCGAGGAGCCCUCCGACGGCCAGGGCGCCGCGGGCGAGGGCGCGUCCCGGGCGGCCGCAGACCGCGCGGCGGCGGUGGAGCAGAUCCUCGCCGCGUGCCGCGUCGGCCGCGCCCUGGAGGCCCAGCGGCUGCUCGACGCGCUCCGCGAGGACGCGCUGGUGGGCGAGGCCGAGGCUGCACGCAUCCGCGGCGUCGCGCACUCCCUGGUCGAGGUCAUCGCCAGCAUGAACGCCGUGCUGGAGACCGUCACCUUCGGAGAAGCCCCUGGAACCAGCACUGACUCAGGAGCGUCCCCGUGGAACAGCAGAUCUGUGCAGAGCGGGGACGUGUACUUCAAGUACGGCAAGAGCACCGGCGAAGCCGAGGUCGUUGGCUUCCUGACCGUGGAGAUAGACGCUGUGGAGAUGUGGGCCCUCCUGCGCGAGUUCGACCUCGCGCACAGCUGGGUACCGAGGAUGACCGAGGGCUACGCGCUCCACUCCUUCGCCCCGUACCGAGAUGUGUACAUA